AUGAGUUACUACGACAACAACGGUGGCCACCAGCAGGGUGGAUACCAACAAGGUGGCUACCAGCAAGGUGGUUACCAGCAAGGAGGCUUCCAGCAGCAAGGAGGCCAUCAGCAGGGCGGCUACCAACAAGACCGCCCUCCUUCUGGCGAGGCCGGCUCAUACUAUUCUCAAGGCCAGCCACAGUUCGGCCAGCAGCAAGGACACGGCCAGCAGGGUUACGGGCAACAACAGGGCUACGGCCAAUCUCAGUACCAAUCUGGACCCCCUCCCUACCAGAACCAAGACAACUACGGCAACCAGGGCUACCGUAAUGACGGCCCGCCCGGAUCCGGCGGUCCAGAGGGCGAGGAUGGUGAGCGUGGCCUGACGGGUGCUCUCGCCGGCGGUGCUGCCGGCGCUUUCGGCGGUCACAAGGUUGGCGGUAAUUUCGGUCACAGCAAGACUAGCACUUUCAUCGGUGCCGUCGCGGGAGCCUUUGCCGGACACAAGCUGCAAGAUGGCGUGUCUGACUGGAAGGACAAGCGGGACGAGGAGAAGAAGCACGAACACGACCGCCCGCACUCCCCUCCCAAGGAGCACCAUCAUGGCGGCCACCACGGCGAUCACCACGGCGAUGACAAGCCUCGCAGUGGAAACUAUGGCGGUGGGUUCACCGGCUCAUCUAGAGACAUCCGUCUCGACGCGCACGGAGAGUAUAACCUCCACGCGUCAUGCAAGCGUCGCGAUGGCGAGUGGCAGAGCAGCACCAUCAGCCUGAAUAGAAUUCUCGAGAACGACCAAGGCAGCUUCCGCUGGUCUUCUGGAGGUGGCGGCGGCGGAGACUCUUCCGUGACUGUCCAGCAGGGCGACACCCUCCGCAACAUCGCCGCGAGAUUCAACGUCGGAUUCGAGGAGAUUGCGAGACACAACAACAUCCCCAACCCGGACCAGAUUUGGCCUGGCCAGGUCCUCCAGAUCCCCGGCCGCGGCGGAAGCUCCGGCGGCAACUUUGGCGCCUCGGCGCGGGAUGCGCGCCUGGUCCAGGGUGGCCAGGUUCUCGAAGCCGAGCUGUCCCGCAACGGACAGUGGGUGCGCAGCUCUGUGAACUUGGAUGAGAGAAUAGGAAACAACAACGGAACCCUGUUCCUUGUCUGA